GCGGCGGCUCCGGAAAGUUCCGAGGAGGACGGGGAACGUCACGGCUUCCUGAUCCUGAGCAGGGAGGACUCCACCAUGAUCCUGCAGACGGGCCAGGAGAUCCUGGAGCUGGACACGAGCGGCUUCGCCACGCAGGGACCAACGGUGUUCGCCGGGAACCUGGGACAGGGACAAUUCAUCGUGCAGGUGUCACCGCUGGGACUGCGGCUGCUGCAGGGGGUGACCCAGCUGCACUUUGUCCCCGUGGAUUUGGGGUCCCCCAUCGUGCCCUGUGACAUUGCUGUGACAUUUCUGUCCCCUCACAGUGACCCAGCUGCACUUUGUCCCCGUGGAUUUGGGCUGCACUUUGUCCCCGUGGAUUUGGGGUCCCCCAUCGUGCACUGCGCCGUGGCCGAUCCCUUUGGGGUGCUGCUCAGCGCUGACGGUCACUUGGCCACCUUCACCCUCAAAGGGGACACCUACGGUGGCCGCGCCCCGCGCCUGGCACUGCAGAGACCGCCCGUGUCACAC